AUGCUGCAGAUUCGGCUGAGUAAACCAGCUAGUGAAAGUGGUUCGACUGUGAAACCCGUGCCUUUGGACUCUGUCACAGUUGCAUGUCCUGACCAUCUUGUCUUAGCUGAUCUUCCUGUAGCCAAGAGUCUCGGUUUACCAUGUUCGACUGCUGUUAUUAAGACUGUUGGACGGAGGUCCCGUCGGCAGCUUGGCGAGCGUGUUCACUUUUGUGUCCGGUGUGACUUUCCUAUUGCUAUCUAUGGGCGUUUGAGCCCCUGCGAGCAUGCCUUCUGUUUGGACUGUGCUAGAAGUGAUUCCCUUUGUUACCUUUGUGACAAACGCGUUCAAAAGAUUCAGACGAUCAAAAUGAUGGAAAGGAUAUUUAUAUGUGCGGCACCCCACUGCCUCAAGUCCUUCUUGCAGAAGUCUGAAUUCGAGUCACACAUCCGUGGGGCCCAUGCUGAUCUCCUUAACCCAAACAUGCAAAAGGAUGUGAACGAGUCGGAGGGCUUAAGUGCCAGAAAACCCUUGGCUUCCGAGACUACGGUUCAGGCGCCUGCUAAACUGGUUUCUUCUCCCCGUUCUAACCCUCAGGUUAAUGACCGUGAAGACAAAAACCAGAGGCCCGUUAUGCAACCGAUGCCUGUGCAGAAUUUUUCCAGUCAAGUUCUGAAUCAUCCAUCAGAACAACACUUCGAGGGUAGUAGUAAUCAGUCGCACGGGGGGGCUGAUAGGGCUGCUACACAGAAUCACUUUCCUCAGCAGACUUUUGACUCUCAGGGCCAGGAAGGCGGCCCACGUCAAGACUCGGGUAAUCCAAAUUCGAUCAUGGCUGCUCCCCCUCAAUUUCCUUUUCCUUCCUAUGCAUCUGGCGGUGGACAACAGUUCUUUGGUACUCCAUAUGGGAUGCCAAGGCCUGAUUCCACCCAAGACCAUGGGCCAGGACAGAGCUCGUUGUUGGGCUACCCGACUGGGCCCGCCAGGCCCAUUACCUUCCCUUCAAAUUAUCCUCAGCCGUGGAACAUGGGCCCUGGCACCGUGCCUCUGGAACCUCCCUUGGUUACUCAGGGGCCUUCGGAUGGCUUCACGAAUGUCGACUUUCAAGGCAGACGAUUCUUUCAGGGCGAUUAUGGGCCGAAUGUGGGUAUUAUGCCGCUGAACGUUCCUCAGUCGACAGGCAAUAAAAGCGUGGGCCCAAUGGAUGGUAAAGGAAUCUUGGCGGCCCAACCGAUCGGGCUUCCUCCUCCGCCACCUUUGCCGCCACCUCACUCCUAUUCCGGUGACGGUAAUAAUCGUGAUGCGCCACCCGGGUUCGGAUGGCAGGAUUAA